AUGGCACCGCAGCUGGGUACCCCCCCGUGCUCCCCUCCAUCCCGCCCGCCAGCGGUGGUGGUGGUGGAGAAGGACUUCCAGUUCAUCCUCUGCGAGCGUUGCCGGCAGGAAUCGCCCAACCUCAAGCUCCUCACCUGCCUCCACACCUUGUGCCUCAAUUGCUUGAGCGAGAACAAGCCCAUCGGGCAGUGCCCCGUGUGCCGGACAGCCAUGCCGCAGGCCAGCGGCAUCCCCGACAUGGACAACCUGCUCUUCACCAACCUGCAGGCCAGGCUCAGCGUCUACAAGAAGAUCAGCAACAGCGGUGGCCCGAGCUGCAGCCGGUGCCAGGGCGAAACGGCGGCAGUGUGGUGCUCCGAGUGCGAGGACUUCCUCUGCACCAAGUGCUUCGAGGACCACCAGUGGUUCUUCAAGAAGCGGAACCACGAGGCCAAGAGGGUGGAGGAGCUUCGUGCCGAGUCGGCCCAUCAGUUCCUGGAAGACACUAAAAAGUCCUGCAACCUCUUUUGCUCCAGUCCUGGUCACGCUGACCAGGGUCACAUCUCCAGCAUCUACUGCACCAAGUGCAAGAAGGCGCUGUGCUGCUCGUGCGCGCUGCUGGACAGCCAGCACGCCCCGUUCUGCGACAUCCGCAGCGAGACGCGGCGCAGGCAGGAGGAGCUGGGCACCAUCAGCCGGCGGCUGAAGGAGAAGCGAAGCCUCUUCGAGGCCACCUACGCGGCGCUGCAGGAUGAGGCCGCCCGGCUGGAGCGGGCGCAGCGGGAGAUGCGGGAAGCCAGGCUGCAGGGACUGGUGGAGCGCGUCAUGGGGCAACCAGGUACCAAUUCCCAAGCUGUCCCCGCAGUCGAGGUCGCCCUGGAGAACAACCUGCAAGAGGAACCAGCCGAGCCCGAGAGCCCGAGCAUCUUGCCCUCCUUCACCAUCAGCCUCGAGGAGAUGCACAGGAGCCCGGCUCUCCCCGUCACCGCGUGGCCCAAGCGGAGGUCGCACUGCACGGAGCAGGGCAGCCAGAUGUCACCCAAGAUGCUGAAGCUGGAGUACGACACCACGCCGGCCCCCAGCGAUGCCAGUUCAAACCAGUGGGAUGAUAGAAGGGGGCCCAGUACCUCCACGCCGCCCCAGAACUGCGGCAGCGUCACCGCCACCAACAGCCACGUUGAUGAUACAGAAGACACCAGCAUCAUCAUCAGCAGUUCGGAGGACAGCGAAGAAGACACGGCGGCCUCCUUCAGCAAACCCAAGGACAUCAAAACACCCUCCAGCCCCACGUGGUCCACGAGCGGCACCUCACCCCAUCACAGCACUGGUCCCACCAGCCCUUUGGACAACGGGUUGGAGCCAAGAACCUUGGUGUUCCUCAGUGUGAAGGUUGACCGGAAAACCCAGCACAUCACGGAGGUGGCGGCAGCCAACGGAGAGCGCACCUUCAAGACACUGAUUCAGACGCCCGAGUCGGUGCUGGCACUGCUCUCCCAGGGUGUCCCCAUGGAGGUGGGGAUGCAGAACCUACUUUGGUACCUCUCCCUGAUCCCCAGGCCCAUCCUCGUCGUCUAUAACUUCUGGGCACCGGACCUGCCCGUUCUCUUUAAAGCCCUGGAUGCCACAGGGAGGCAAGUGGACUUCUGCCACGUUGUGGGUGGUUAUGUGGAUAUGUUGUCCUUGGUCAAGGAAAAGCUGCCUGGUGCCCCUUCCUACAACCUGAAGAACCUGCUGAGAAGGCACCUGCAGCUGCAACUCAAUGAGGGCAGCGCUCUGGCCACAGCCAAGGCUUUGCAGGAGCUUUGGGGAGCCCUGGAGCUCCCUGUUCAACCCGAGGUGGGGACGAUGCUCACCCACUGCACCCUGCAGAGCUACACCAUCCUCCGGCCCCUGGUGCAGCAGAAGCUGCUCACCAGGAGGGUGGCCAAGAUCCUGGCCCAGCGCAACCUCAUCCUCUGGAAGCUGGAGGAGGCAUGA